UCUCAAUUCGGCAAGUGUUCUACGUCCGAAGUCUUCCGCGUACUUGCGAUUUCAACUGCCUCUUGUAAGAAGCCAUGCGCGAGCUCGAGCACAUCCAGGGCGGGGAGGCAGCGAUCUGCGUGAUUAAGUUCAUGCGCUUCACGGUGGCUAUUGCCAACAUUCAUCUUCGAGCCGACGCCUCAGCCACGGACUGGGAUGCCGUGAUCGAUUGGGUGCAGGAUAGACUCAUCGACAGUGGCAACACCGUCCAGGCGAUCGUAGCUGGGGGCUGGAACUGUUUACCCACAGAAACAGCGGCGCUGCGAGCUUGCUUCGCACUAAGAGCUGACCUCGCCACACCUGGUGUUUCCACCAGACUGGAUGGCAAUCGCGAGAUUGACUACUUCCUGACUCGUUGUCUGCGGUCUACACAGGUGGUGGCUCACAACAGGCAGCUCGGUGACCAUCUCAUGGUCACCAUGAACCGUGGAGACAGAUCACGCCACGGCUCGCCCACAAGCAGGAGCGUCGUGAACCCAUUCCAGCAAGUACGCUGUACCGGAGGCCGCGCCUGGGGCAGAUGCCGUAAAGCAGCUUGACCCAGACGCCACCCGUGACGUCUGGCGGCGCCGACGACACAGCGACGGCACAGCUUACGGAGACACCGCGGCGUGGUGGACGGGCUGGGCAAGGCGAGCGGAAGAUACGCCGAUGUCGCAGCGGCUGCUACGAAUCCGCCACAAUAGUAUAUUCGGAGACAGCCUCCAAUGGAUUGUUCCUGGUGUGGGCCUCAGGGUAGGGUGGCAGUGUAUGAAUCACCACUGGGAGCCGACCGGCCGACC